AUGGGCCCAGGUCUCUCGCUCCUGGGGAUGGUUGUCGGGGUUCUGUCCAUUCUCUACUACGCAAAACAGACUCAAAGAAUGCCAGGUCUGAAAUUUGACACAGAGUUCUGGGCGGUUGCCGGUCCACUGAUUGCCAUCCGACCGCCAAAGGGACCUACCAAUGCGCUGGAGCUCCGAGCCAGCGUCAACGCGGGUCUCUCGGCUAUCCUCAAAGAUGCGCUGCCCGAGGGUAUAACAGAGACCAAGCACGAGGUCAAGUCAUUCGACGGCGUAUCGAUUGCGCUGCAUCAAUUCACGCCAGAUUCAAACGAAACUACAAGCAAGCAGCCAGCUUUCAUAUACGUACAUGGAGGAGGGAUUGUUGCGGGGAAUGUCGACCCAUACAGCCGGCCCCUCGCUGCGAAGGCCGCUCUGGAAUCCGGGGUCCAUAUGUUCGCUGUCGAAUACCGUCUAGCGCCCGAGUUUCCAUAUCCGACGCCUGCCGAGGAUUGCUACGCCGCGUUAAAGUGGCUGAACGAACAUGCAGGCGAAUUCAAUAUCGAUGCGUCUCGCAUAGGCUUUUACGCGUUGAGCGCCGGCGGUGGCAUAGCGGUAGGCGCAUCGAUGCUGGCGAGGGAUCGAGGCUUGUCGCCGCCAUUGGCCAAGCAGAUUCUCAUAUAUCCAAUGCUAGACGACAGAACUAGGGUUGAAGCAGACAAUCCUCUUUCAAAAUUCCUCACCUGGACGGAUAAGUCGAAUCAGAUUGGCUGGAACGCGUACCUCGAAGACAAGGCCGGAGGAUCGAAUGUACCGCCGUAUGCGGCACCAGGGCGAGCGACUGACGUUGUGAAUCUUCCUUACACAUACAUCGACGUUGGGGGAGUUGAUUUGUUUUGCGCUGAGGCAGUAGCCUUUGCAAGUAAGCUCGCAUCCGCGAAUGUGCAGAUGGAGCUACAUGUUUACCCUGGACUCCCUCACAUCUUCGAUCUCUUUGCCCCUACGAUAGGGCUCACGCAACUUGCUAGACAAAACAGACUCAAGGCGGUUAGAAGUCUUUGAUGAUACUGGUGUUUCCAACACAAUUAGACAUAACCCGCUUCAAUUCCAUAUAUAUCCUUCCUUCACGCAAUAUUCAUUCUGCCUGCUUGGUUUACACCACCGCCCUUCAAAUGGUGCCUUAUUACUUAUAGCAACAUCAAGUCAAAGACUCUGGAACGAGAUUAGUUGUUGAAAGAGUCACUUGUGAAGGCGAUAUGGUCCGAAAACCGUGCUGAGAGGCUCGAUUGGAAAACUCCGUCUACUGAUCUUCCAGCAUCGCGCUUCAGCAGCUUUCCCACUGUAACGCAGACC